AUGGAACUGCUGGGCUCUCUGAUGGCCCACCGGGGCAUCUUCUCCAAGGGACUGGAGGCGGACGCGGCUUGGGAAACUGCUUUGCGCACCCCCGCCCCAUCCCGCUCGUGCCGAAGCAGCCCCCCAGCCCGGCUCCACGCGCACACACUCCCGGGCGAAGCCGCCGUGGCCCCGCGAGAGGCGUCCCCCCGCCAGCGCGCCCCGGAGCCGGAGCAGGUGCAGCCCCGCCGCGCUCCCGGCCGCGUCUACACAAACUUGUUGGCCCGCGGCUGGGGGAACCCUGCCCGCAGCCCGCGCGGGGGUCCCGGCUGGGGCACCCGGAGAUCGCACUCACCCCGCAAUCGCGACCAGCUGGGGCGGCCGCUCCGGCGGCCACGCGCCCGCCUCCCUGGGGCGCCGAGCCCGCAACCCCGCAGUGCCCGGAGCCUAGGCGCCCUUGGCGCCCGCACGCCCCCGGGCGGCCCGCGGCGAGGAGCGGCCCGACGCGCCCCGGGCACAAGGCGCCGCCACCUGGCUCCCUGGGCUGCGGACGUCCGGGCUGAGCCGCGGCGGCGGAGCAAGCGGGCGCCGAGCGGGCGGCGGGCGGCAAGCGGCGGGCGGCGGGCGAGCGGGCGCCCGGCUCUGCACAUGCUCACUCGCGCGGCCCGGGGACAGCGGCCGGCCGCCGCCGGGUCCUAG